AUGCAAGACGUCAAGCCGCAGCAGCAGCAGCGCGAGCAGCAGAUCCCACAGCGACCGCAGGAGGCGACGGCAAUCCCAGUCGCAUCAGCCGCCGCGCACCUUCCGGAACUCCCGGUGGAAGCUGACGUGGACUGGCAGGAGACGGCAGGGCGGCAGGUGGACGCGAGCGUGGAGGGCGGCAUCGACGAGGAGGAAACGGCGGGGUGGCAGGCGGCGCUGGGGGCGGACGAGGUGCAGGCGCUGCUGGCGGGGGCGGGGGUGGGGGCGGGGGCGGGGGAGAGUGUGUCGCAAGGGCGGAGGAGGAUGGGGGGAGGGGGAAAAGCUUCGGAGGGAGAGGGAGGGCGGAAAGGAGGAGAGGGGGUGGAGGGCGAGGGGGUGGAGGGCGAGGGGAAGCCGUUGGGGAUCGAGGGGGGAGAGGAAGGGGGAGAGGCAGGGGGAGAGCGAUGGGACGUGCCGCUGGUGCCUGACAUGCCUGGGGUGCUGUCCAUGGGUGAUGUGAUGGGAGGAGUUGAGCAGAUGGCGGCCUCCACUUGGAGCGGUGCCAAGGAGGUGAGCGAGGUGGUGUGCCAAGGAGGUGAGCGAGGUGGUGUGCUAAGGAGGUGA